GGAAGGGAAGGGAAGUGUAUGUGUUAGACAUAAUUUUACCUUGUUUGGGAGAGUCAAAUGAAUGAAGUGUUAAUAAUGGAAGUGUUAAAGAAAGAGUAAAGAAAGAGUAAAGAGAAGAGAUGAAAAAACAAACCAUCAGACCCGUGGGAAAGACAUUCGAAGUGAAAUGUCGAAGCAUUUUAUGUUUUUCGGACAAAUGAGAAGGGUAAUAAUUGUCCAACACCUCAAAACACUCCAAAUCGGGGUGUUAAAAAAAUGGACAAUUGAGGUGUUGGGAAGGUUAUUAUUAACACUUCCUGACCAUUACUAACACUUCUUAACAUCUCUGGUUUUUUCUACCAAACAAGUGUUAACAUCAACACUUACUAACACUUCCAUUGCUAACACUCUUCAACACUCAAUCCAAACAGGCCGUAAGCCCAAACUCACUGGCCUGCUACAGUAAUCCAUCACAGUGACCAAAUGUGCAGUGACCAAUGUUAUAGUUACCAAUGACAUAGUUACAAAAUUCAUCCAGUGACCAAAAAUUAAUACGUCCCACCAAUGACCCGCAUCACAGUGACCAAAUGUGCAGUGACUUUUGUCCAGUGACCAAAAAUUGAAAUGGUGUAGGUCACAGUGACCAACCUUGCCGCCAACCACAGUGACCAACCUUGCCGCCAACCACAGUGACCAACCUUGCCGCCAACCACAGUGACCUGCCGGCCAAAGCCACAGUGACCUACCGGCCAGCCGACCAGUGACCUCAUCAUCCUCGGUGGCCCCACCACCCAGUGACCCAGCGUCCAGUGACCCAACGGCCAAUGACCCCAACCCCAGUGACCCGGCGUCCAGUGACCCAACGGCCAAUGACCCAACCCCAGUGACCUAUGGCCAUGGACCAGACAUAUUGACCCGAAGCGUUGUACACCGGUGACACCAUACACCACCGUUGACUGCCUUCUCCAUCACAACCAACCACCGCCACACACCAUCGUUGACUGCCUUCACCAUCACAAUCAACCACCGCCAUGGACAGAACAUCACCGCCGUCAACCACCGCCAAAAAAGACGUCGGCCCCAACAAACCCAUAUGCCCUGUCGGCCACCACUGCCGCAACAGAUUCGGUGCAUCCACCAACAUCUGUCAAACAAAAACCUCUAUGCAGUGACCGCCGCCGCUACCAUGGCCGCUCAUCCCAACCCCAGAUCCUAUCGACGGCCUCCUCUUUCCGCUUACCACUGCAACCACCUUCAUCCAAAUCGUGCAAUACUUCUGUCCACGUGCCCUUCCGUCGCCUUACAUCCCAACCUUUAGAUGAAGAAGUUGAUCUGUGGGAGGCGGAGGCGAUGGCAGAGGCGGAGGUAAUGGCAGAGAUGGAGGCGAUGGAUGGGGUGACCGAGACAACGGAGAUGGAUUCGGUGAUGGAUGCGGCGAUGGAGCCGGUGGUGAUGGAAGUGAAGACGGAAAUAGCACCAUGGCGACGGCUGCACCUCUGGAGGAAAGAGAUGAGCAGACCGCGAGACCGAAAGAAGAGCUGAGUACAUUGGGGAUUCAGGGUUUCAGUACCAUUAUAUUUAGUCAUACAUUUUCCUAUACAUCCGCAAGUAAUAUUUAUUAAUACGAAGUAAUUACUAAUUUUAUGCAUCGAUAAUAAAAUAUUGAACGAACGCAGAGUGACAACUAUGGAAAAACAGGAUGCUAUAUCAAUCACUGUCCAGGAUUUGUUAUAUUCUCAAACACCAUUCCCCUUGAUUAUGCUUAUCCCGACAUCUCAAAAUCUGAAGGAACUCAAUACGAUACCACUCUCACCGUAUUCAAGGGUACGGACGGUGAUUGGGUCCUAAAUUUUGAUGAUGAAGAUGAAAACCUUGGAAUGUGGACAAAAUCCAUAUUUUCCAGCAUGAGUGAAACUGCUGCUCAAUUGCGAUUUGGAGGUGAGAGUUUUGAAGCAGAAGGUGAGGUCUAUAGCCCGGAAAUGGGAAGCGGUGCAUUUGUGAAUGGACAAUAUGACAAAACCUGUUAUAUGCGGCGACUGUUUUACAUCGAUCCUGUGUACGGAGGCAAUGUUGUUGACGAUUCAAUGGUUCAAGCUCAAGACUCCAGAUGUUACUAUUGCGGUGAUAAUGGAUUUAAUUACAAAGACGAUUGGUAUGCAUACUCAUUUUUAUUUGGAGGCGGCGGCGGCAAAGAUAAUGUCGAUUGUUUCGACAAUUAAAUCUAUCUUGAGCUAUUGCACAAGAUAAUGACUACACCGCACUCACUAAUCCUUGUAAUACUCAUCCCACACAAUACACAAACCACAAACACUUUACUCUAUAAGAAUCUUAUUUAUUACGGGUACAAGAUAUUUCAUCAAUUUCAUAAUGAAGACCAUCCCAUUUCUGGAACUAGCUAGCUUAGGAUACAUAGAGUCCUAUAUCGUACACCCGGGUGUACGUACAUCCGGCCCAAUUAAUGAUAUUGACUGGUGGGCUGACAUCUUGUCCCAGCGAAUCGCGACCAUAGGGAACUGGAUUCCUUCACACAAAAAGUAAAAACCACAACAAGAAUCGAUCCCCAGACCUGUAGUAGCAUAUGCUAUCUUCCAACCAUCUCACCA